GAAUGAUAUAUAAGACUCGAUACGGUAAUGUAACUCAAAAGUGAAAGAUCUUAACUAGCUAAGUUAAUGAUUAACUGACAAAGAUAUGAAAAUAUGAGUUUUGUGGACAAGUUUUAUUUAUGACGCAUCAAUCAAGUAUUUAUAUAUGAUAGUAAUGAUUGAAGAGAUCUUACAUUUAUAAUUAAUGAGUAUUUUUGAAAGUAUUCAUGAAGAAAAUCUUUCAAUCAAGGUGUAAUCUGAAAUCUUGUUAUCUCCAGAAAAAAAGGACCUCAGACCUCGUAAUAAUCUAUUUCCUGGGAUGUUUUAGGAAUAAAAAAGGGCAUACAUCAAAGUAUCCAAAGAAUCCAAGGACUAAUUACAUGAACUUGUGUUCAAGGAAGGGUUUAAAAUUAAAGAUGUAUGAUACUGGAUUAAGUUUUAAAUAGGCUGCUGAGAAACUCUUUAUCAAAUAUGCUACUGCUAAAACUAUUGUGUUUCAUUGGCGAAAAAAGUGUCAGAAACAAAAGAAAUAAGAAAGCAAAUUUAGCAGAUAUAUUUAAUUACAAGGGAAGAUCUCCAUAAAAUUGAAAAUUAUCUCAAUUAUAUAAUAAAAGCUCAUGUCUUCUGUUGAAUACAUUGUGCAGCAUCCAUCAAAUGGUUAAUGCUAUUAACGAUUACAAGACUGA